AUGUUCACAAUCCGGCCUUUUGCUGAGUACGACAUUUCCAGUAAUAGGCUUCAGGCAAGACAGAGGCGAGACUGGAAUUUCAAGCUCUCCAGUAUCAGAGUAUGCAUUGAACAUGCAUUUGGGAGGCUUAAGGGUCGUUUCCCCCUCCUCCGAAGACUUUCUGGGAAAACUAUGAAAGUUUGCUGGAGAACUAUUGAAGCAUGCAUGAUACUUCACAAUAUAUUGGAGGAACUAGGUGAUGACCCUUCCACUAUUGAAGGAUUCAAUGGAGAAGAAGAUAUUGAUGAAGCAAACGAAAAUGAACAAGCUGAAAAUGUUCUACGAAUUGAUAACAAUGGUGGUGACUUUGAUAUUGAUGGAAUGGGUGAGGGGGAUUUCUAUGACCGCGCUGAGGAGAAUGAAUUGACAUUCUGUGAAGGUGACCGCAUCACAGAUAUCGAAGCUGCAAGCGAAGAUUGGUCGCAGGGUCGUGAUGCACACGGGAACGUCGGAUUAUUCCCUGCAAAUUAUGUCGAAGUGCAAGACACGCCACUUCCCUUCUUCUCCAUUCCGGACUUCAUCGGCUCCGUUUCACCAAACGUCACUGACGAUACGCCUAUUGAUCUUGUCUUUGUCGAUUUCAUCGAGUCGCAGCUUAUUGGAAUCCUGACACGUUAUGUGGAACAUCAACGAGGGAAAGUGUCCUGGCUGUCUCACCUGCACGUCAUUUUGAAUAGUUUGUGCAAGUGA